UUUAGCUGCUCUGCCGGUUGGAAAGUUUAGCUAAUCUUUAACUGACACAAUGUCCAGGAAAAAAGAGAGAAAAGGCAGUGACAACAAGGAAAAACUAAACUCCGUGAAACCCACAAUUAAAGCUGGCGGCGACGACAAAGACAAGGGUUUAUAUCUGAUGCAAAUUGGAUUUUUGAACGAGGAGUUAGAAAGGUUUCAGAUAAAAUGUGAUAAACUUGAGAAGCAGAACCAGAUCUUAAUAUGUCAGUACAGCACACUGGACACAGAGAAGAAGGACAUCACAGAAUACCUGAAACACUCCCUUUCAGAGAAGGACAAGGAGCUGGACGAGCUGCUGGAGCAGCUGGAGGGUGAACGUCUGGCCGCCAUCCAGGAAAAACAUUCCCUGCAGCUUGAACACAGCCGACUGAGGCAGGAGCUUCAGGCCCGAGUUGAUAAGCUGACUGAAAAAAACGCAGAGCUCGUGGAGAAACUUGCUGAUUUGGAAGAGUUUCAGAGGCACAAGGAUGAUUUGAUGACCAACAUGGAGAGUCUGGAGAAGCAGCUGGAACGUCAGAAGAAAGAACGCAAAGAGGAGAUCCACAACCUGGAGAUGAAGGCGCUGCUGGAAAAGAGGAGGUUAGAGAAGGAGAUGGAAAGCGAAGUAGCGGCCAUGUCGGAAAAGGUUCAGCACCUGGUGGACCAGAGGCUUCCUGAGACGACCAGGUCUGUGCUUCAGGAGAACACUGAGCUGAAGACUCGUUUCAGCCAGCUGUCAGAGGUGGCCAAGUCCUUGUUGGAGGAGAACAAGGCGCUGAGGGAGCACAAGAGACAGCUCAGCAUCGACACGGACAUCCUGGAGCAAAUGGUCAGCGGGACGUCACGGAUCAGCUGCGUGCGGAAGAAGAAGGUGCAGCAGCUCACAGGAGAGCUUCAGGAGCUUCAGGAGGACAUUACAGAAAAACUGCAGCAUCUGGAGCAGCUUCAGACUGAGCACACACGAGUCCUGGCUGAGAUGGAGGCACUCAGACUGGACCGGGCCUCUCUGUCUGCAGAGUGGAGCAGGAACCGGUUAGAAAGGAAUCAGCUGGAGGUGAAGCUGAAGGAGGAGAAGAGGAGGAGGAACAGGAUGCAGAGUAUCAUGCAGGACACAGCAACCACUCUCAGACAAGCCCUGAAGGAGGCUCCAACAGAGCAGCAGGAUGUGGACUCUGUCCCCCAGUGGAGGCAGCUGCUGCAGAACCUGCAGGAGCUCCUGGACCGACAAAAACUCAGCCGUUCCUCAGCAGAGGGAGUGAGCGAGCUGCAGGAAUCCGACUUGGCACCAACACGAGCCGAAAGCCUGGAUCCAGCUUUGGGUUUGCAGUUCCAGCCAUCCUGUCACAGAGCCCAUGAUUCCUGUCUCGUUUCCCGACCCACGGCGAAACCCAGAGCCUCCCUCUGCAGGACAGGAGCUACAUCGUGCAGCAGCCUCAUACCUCUGCACAGGAAGCCCAUGAUUCAGAAGAGCUCCAGCUGUGUGACCUUUUCUCAUUCAUCUGUGGGAUUUCAGACCUCCAAACAGUCAUUCAGCAAAUCAAAUGGGCUAAACGUCCUUCAAAUAAAUCCUAAAAACACAAGGAAAGAAUUUAUCAUAGGAGAAAAAUAUAUUUAAAUGGAGAAUGCUCCAUCGUUUGCAGUGAGACAAGUGGUUUCCCACCAUCAUGGCCUUCAAACAUGAAACAUUUCUAUUUAACCCUCCUGUUGUCCUCAUUUUCUGUAUACACCCUGUGACCUCCGGGUCAAAAUGACCCGUCUUCACUAAACCCCCCCAAUAUAAACAACUUAAUUAAAUUUUAAACACCAAAUUUCAUCUUGCAUAUUGUCAUUGAGCUCAAAAUGUGUGAAUACUUGAGUUUUCCCUCUUCACUUGAAUUUCUAUAGCUUAAGAAAAGAAAAACAAUGUGCAAAAAGGAGUUUUGAAUACAUUUUUAUUCAUCCCA